CAGACUAGCUGUAGUUCCUGUAGGGGAGGCUAGCAGGUUAGCUUGAUGUAACCUAGUUUGUAGCAGGAGGCGUUACAUCACUUUGGGUCGUGUCCCACCUGGGAAAUAACGGCUUGGAGGAACCUAACUCUUCAUAAUUCAUAUAAUUUUGUGAUAAUAUGACACUUUGACUUAAUAGAAAGAAAAUAGACAGCCUUAGAUAUUAACCACAUUUGUUGUUUUUCUAAAAGAGGCUGUCAAAACGCGACGAGUUUCAACAAGGACAGGUUUGACACGGAAGAAGACAUGUCCUGUCCAUGUACUUCAGCUGCCAGGCUGUUCCUAAACACUGCUCACAGAGGAUUAUCAUGUUCUCGGAUUCAACUUUUUUCCAUGAGCCGUCGAGGAUCUCGGGAAACCUUUCAUCCUCGCGUCUGCGUGAGGUCGUUUUCAGAGACCGCAGUCUGUUACACUGCUAAAGACGGGACACCCAAGGACGGCGGGAAUGACAGUGGAAAGAAAAGCGUCGGCGAUGGAAAGAGGACGUCCGGCUCCGGUGGGUCAGGCAAAGGUGGAAGCCAGCUACGCUGCCCCAAAUGCGGAGACCCCUGCACACAUGUAGAGACCUUUGUGUCAUCAACACGGUUUGUCAAAUGCGAGAAGUGUCAUCACUUUUUCGUGGUCUUAUCUGAAACGGACUCUAAAAAAGGGCUAAACAAAGAGCCGGAAUCGGCCGCCGAGGCAGUGAAGCUGGCGUUUGCACAGAAACCUCCUCCUCCUCCCAAGAAGAUUUAUGCCUAUCUGGAUAAGUAUGUUGUCGGCCAGUCGUAUGCGAAGAAGGUCUUGGCUGUGGCGGUGUACAAUCACUACAAGCGCAUCUACAACAACAUCCCUGCAGGGAGCCGACAGCAGGUGGAGGCGGAGAAACAGCCGUCUUUAACACCACGAGAGCUAGAGAUGAGAAGACGAGAGGAUGAAUACAGAUUCACAAAGCUGCUGCAGAUCGCAGGAAUCAGUCCUCAUGGAAACGCUCUUGGUGCGACCAUGCAGCAGCAGGCCAGCCAGCAGCCGCCUCAGGAGAAGAGGGGAGGGGAGAUCCUGGACUCCACUAACACUGACAUCAAACUGGAGAAGAGCAACAUCAUACUCCUCGGUCCUACUGGUUCAGGGAAAACAUUGCUGGCGCAGACACUGGCUCGCUGUCUUGAUGUUCCUUUUGCGAUCUGCGACUGCACCACUCUCACCCAAGCUGGAUACGUGGGAGAGGACAUCGAGUCGGUUAUCGCCAAACUUCUGCAGGAUGCCAACUACUCAGUGGAGAAAGCACAACAAGGUAUCGUGUUCCUGGAUGAAGUGGAUAAGAUUGGCAGCGUGCCUGGAAUCCAUCAGCUGAGAGAUGUGGGCGGGGAGGGCGUUCAGCAGGGUUUGCUGAAACUCUUGGAGGGAACAAUCGUCAACGUUCCAGAGAAAAACUCUAGAAAACUAAGAGGCGAAACGGUUCAGGUCGACACAACCAACAUUCUGUUUGUUGCGUCGGGAGCUUUCAACGGCCUCGACAGGAUUAUAAGCCGAAGAAAGAAUGAAAAGUAUUUGGGAUUUGGAACGCCGUCUAACUUGGGGAAAGGGCGCCGAGCGGCCGCUGCAGCGGACCUGGCCAACAGCAGCGGCGAAACGGACGCCGUGGCGGAGAUCGAGGAGAAGGACCGGCUCCUAAAGCACGUGGAGGCGAGGGACCUGAUCGAGUUUGGAAUGAUCCCGGAGUUCGUCGGCCGUCUUCCCGUCGUGGUUCCUCUGCACAGCUUGGAUGAGGACACGCUGGUCCGAAUCCUGACCGAACCGCGGAACGCUGUGGUUCCUCAGUACCAGGCUCUGUUCAGCAUGGACAAAUGCGAGCUGAAUGUGACCCCGGAUGCCUUGAGAGCCAUCGCCAGAUUGGCCUUGGAGAGAAAAACCGGAGCUCGUGGCCUCAGAUCCAUCAUGGAGAAACUUCUUCUUGAGCCCAUGUUUGAGGUGCCUCACUCCGACAUCGCUGCUGUUGAACUGGACAAAGAUGUGGUUCAGGGAAAAUCGCAGCCCAGAUACAUCCGAGCCCCGGCCAAGGAUUCAUCAGAGGAGGAGUACGACUCCGGCAUGGAGGAGGAGAACUGGCCUCGGCAGGCUGACGCCGCCAACAACUGAACCACGUCUCUCAUUUCACCUGAAAUCAUUCGACUCCCACGAACUCCCCCCCCUCUGGAUACCGCGUUCGGUUCCAGCCCUUAUUUUUAUUACUUCACCUGACAAACGAAACCAUGGACGCUUCGUGAUGAAGAAGCUGAGAGAGAGUAACAACCUUUGGGUGUCUUUGUGUGGGAUAAUAAAUCUCUAGCGGUGCACCCAGUGUGGACCUUUUUAUCACAUAUUUCAAUCUCUGGGGAUUGUUAACAUUUUAUCUAUAUAAAGAUAAGAUUUUAUUCAAAAAAAAAAAAGAAAAAAAUAUUUGUAGGUAGUUUGUAUCCUCUUUUUGUGCUGAUUGGUUGUAAUGGGAGGGGAAGCAGACGGCGUUAAUGGGAUCAUAUUUUAGACGUGAAGUCUGAGGGGCGGCUGGCGUGACGUUAACGUGUCGAGAAAUGCCUUAAAUCACAAGGGCGUGAUAUUCCACAAAACGCAUCAAUAUUUUGAUGUUUCUUCCUUUGCCACCGUUGUGAUAACGGUGCUGGAGGGGAAAUCGGUUGUAAAUGUUAAGCUAAGCUGCACAAGUAUCGUUUGUAAGCGGUUUGUAAUACAUGGAGGUUGAAAAACACACCAGCACAUCGAACACGGCAGGUGAAACAUCCGUUUUCUUAAUGUUCUAAUGUCCAGCUCCUUAGGAAUCCGUUUCCGUCUGGACCUCGGAGUGGCUGGAUUCACAGAACGAAGACAUUUAGCAGACCAAACCCUGCACCUUUUCUAAAAACCUCUGUUUGCUUUGUAGUUUUCAACCUCUUUCAAUCCGGGUUUGUUUUCAUUUGCAAAUCAUGAAAAUAACCAGACUCCCUCCGUAGAGCUGCAGAUACUUUCUUUCUGUGUUGCACCUGUGUCCAAAUGGCACCUCACGUCCUGUGAUGUCACAUCCUGUUACCAGACGGUACCUCUGUGCUUCUGUUUCAUGGAGACGCCGUCCACAAGGUCUCUGACUCACCAGGCUGCUGUGCUGAAACGCGCUCCGUCUCCUCUUUGCUUUAACUUUCUUUUUUUUCUCUCUCUGUGAAGCUCUAAGCUGCUGUAAUUUCAGACGUCUGUUACAGAAAUGAUAUUAAAAUAAAACUCCCCUCUCAAAAGCUUGUGAAUCCUAAAUUCAUUGUGAUCGUGUAAAAAUAUAUAAAUAAAAUCUAUACCUGA